CUCUCCUCCGGCGCCCGGGGGUUGCGGCGCGCUGGGUCCCGGCCCCUGGCCGGGUGCCCCUCGGGCCCUCGCGCCCCGGUCCCCAGUCCCGCGCCCUGCCCGGGAGAACGCUCUGCGCUGGCCCGGCCUCCCCGGGCUCGCGCCCCCGGGUCAUGAAGAGGGGCCCGUGAGGGGCGCGCGGAGGCGGUGGAAGAGGAGGGAGGAGGGAGGCCGAGGAGGAGGGCGCGGAAGGCGGAGGAUGCCGCCGCCGAUGCCGCCGCCGCCGCCGCCCGCCGGCCCCCGGCGAGCCUGACUCCAGACCUGAGGAUGGAGCCGGCGCUGGGCGCUGCAGCGGCUCCCGGUGCGCCCCCCACCAGGUAGCUGUUCUCGUCUCCAGUGUGGUUGGAAGAAGAACCUCCCUCCCUGGCUGUCCCUUCUGUGCGGGUCUCGGUGUCUGGGCUGUCCGGACGGAGCUGUCAUUUCCACCUGGAGGUCUGGGAACCUUUCCCCUCCCUCUCUCUCUACAGUCUGUUGGCCACAGGGCUGCUGUACAGGUUGGGACUGCCGGCUAGGCCAGGAGACCUGGCAGCUGUGGACUCUCUAGCUUGGAGCAGCCCUUCUUUGACCUCGCAUGGUGGAGAAGCAGCCCCAUGAAGGUGCACAGCCAUGCAAUGUUCCUGGAAGGCCGUCCUCCUCCUUGCCCUGGCCUCAAUCGCCAUUCAGUACACGGCCAUCCGCACCUUCACCGCCAAGUCCUUCCACACCUGCCCGGGGCUGGCGGAGGCGGGGCUGGCGGAGCGUCUGUGCGAGGAGGGCCCCACCUUCACCUACAACCUCUCCCGCAAGACCCACAUCCUCAUCCUGGCCACCACGCGCAGCGGCUCCUCCUUCGUGGGCCAGCUCUUCAACCAGCACCUGGACGUCUUCUACCUGUUCGAGCCCCUCUACCACGUCCAGAACACGCUCAUCCCCCGCUUCACCCAGGGCAAGAGCCCCGCGGACCGGCGCGUCAUGCUGGGCGCCAGCCGCGACCUCCUGAGGAGCCUCUAUGACUGUGACCUCUAUUUCCUGGAGAACUACAUCAAGCCGCCGCCCGUCAACCACACCACCGACAGGAUCUUCCGCCGCGGGGCCAGCAGGGUGCUGUGCUCCCGCCCCGUGUGCGACCCCCCGGGGCCCCCCGACCUGGUGCUGGAGGAGGGGGACUGCGUGCGCAAGUGCGGCUUGUUGAACUUGACGGUGGCCGCCGAGGCCUGUCGUGAGCGCAGCCACGUGGCCAUCAAGACGGUGCGGGUGCCCGAGGUGAACGACCUUCGGGCCCUGGUUGAAGACCCCCGGUUAAACCUCAAGGUCAUCCAGCUGGUCCGAGACCCGCGUGGCAUCCUGGCCUCCCGCAGCGAGACGUUCCGCGACACUUACCGCCUCUGGCGGCUCUGGUACGGCACGGGGAGGAAGCCCUACAACCUGGAUGUGACGCAGCUGACCACGGUGUGCGAGGACUUCUCCAACUCCGUGUCCACUGGCCUCAUGCGGCCCCCGUGGCUCAAGGGCAAGUACAUGUUGGUGCGCUACGAGGACCUGGCCAGGAACCCCAUGAAGAAGACCGAGGAGAUCUAUGGUUUCCUGGGGAUCCCUCUGGACAGCCAUGUGGCCCGCUGGAUCCAGAAUAACACGCGGGGCGACCCCACCUUGGGCAAGCACAAAUACGGCACCGUCCGAAACUCGGCGGCCACGGCCGAGAAGUGGCGCUUCCGCCUCUCCUACGACAUUGUGGCCUUUGCCCAGAACGCCUGCCAGCGGGUGCUGGCGCAGUUGGGCUACAAGAUGGCCAUGUCGGAGGAGGAGCUCAAGAACCCCUCCGUCAGUCUGGUGGAGGAGCGGGACUUCCGCCCUUUCUCGUGACGAGGGCUGCGUGGGCGGGGGUGAGGGGCACAUGGUGUCGGUUUUGAUAAAAUGGACCGUUUUUUAACUGUUGCCUUAUUUCCCCCUCCCUCUCCUGCGGGGUCUUUGUGUCCUUCUCACCGCCCCACCCCCACCCCAACAGGCCCCGCCCACCCUCCACUCCUUCUGCCUCUUUUUGUCUCUGAAAUUUGCACUAUGUCUUGGACAGGAAUCACUGGGGCAGAGGGGGCGUGAAGCGGGGUAGAGCCCCCAACCCACCCCCAUUCAGACACACGGCUGUUGGGUCUCUGCGUGGAUGGUGACAAUGUUUACAAGCACCACACUCACACAUUCACAUACACACACAUGCGCACACACGGGCGCCCACAAGGAGAGAUACCCCUAAACUGGGGAACUUCUGCAGCAUUUCCAGUGGCCCAGUAGUUGGGGUCUGGUAGUUUUGCACUGUCUUACUUCCACAAGGUAAGAGGGUAAAAACAAAAAGGCCACCUCUCUCUAAUUUAUGAAUGGUGUCUAAUCCCUCCCCAUCCUGCUUCUGCCCCCAGUGCCCACUGCCCGCCCCCUGGAGCAGAGAACAGGCUGCACCCACUUCCCCUCCCCGGCCUGCCCUUGCCUGCCCCUGAGCAGGUUUUUACUGUGAGGUGAAUGUGGACCUUGUUUAUUUUUUCCAGUCUGUGGCGAUGCUGUCUGUCUGUCUGAGUCUUGUGGCUGCCCCUGGACCAGUGACGGCUGAUAAAUCUUAUGGGUUUCUGAUUGAUCUCGGGGUCCAUCUGUAAUAUUUCUUUGUGCCAAAAGAAAAAAAAAAGUGGAUCAGUUUGCUAAAUGAACGUUGAAAUGCUUUAUCUGUGUUUUCUGUAAAUAAAAGAGUGCAAUAAUA